AUGGCCUCCGAACCACCACCGCCCGAACUCUUCACAAACGCCCGCGUCUUCCUCCUCAACCCCUCAGCAACACUCACCACGGAGCCCACCUUCGCGGAGGCAAUGCUCGUCGCCGACGGGCGCAUCGCAGCAGUCGGCGCCGCCGCCGACAUCGCCUCCGCGCACCCCACCGCCCGCGUCACCGACCUCGCCGGCCGCACCGUGCUGCCCGGCUUCAUCGACGGCCACAUGCACUUGCUGCUCCUCGGCCAAGGGCUGCGCAAGCUGUCCCUCGACGCCUGCACCUCCCUCGAGGAGAUCCGCGCCGCCAUCAAGGCCUUUGCUGCUGCGAACCCCGACGUGCCGCGCAUCAUGUGCAAGCUGUGGACGCAGCAUGUCACGCCGGGUGGUGUGGACAGGCAUAUGCUGGACGACAUUGACCCACGGCCCAUCUUUAUUGACACCAAGGACUUGCAUUCUACGUGGUGCAACACGGCGGCGGUGAAGGAGCUCAGCAUUGAGGACAUGAAGGACCCCGUCGGAGGGAAGAUUCACCGCGACGGGGAGGGAAAGGCGACGGGCUUGCUGAGCGAGGCGGCGGUGCUUACCCUCGUGUGGCCUCAUCUCGCGCAGGUUGCGCCUAAAAGGGACAGAAUGGACGCUAUCAAGGCAGCGGUGGAAUCGUACAAUGCAUCAGGCUACACAGGUCUCAUCGAGAUGGCCAUGGACGAGCCGGCAUGGGAUGCCGUGUGCUCACUCCGCGCCGAGGAACCAGACCUACCGAUGAGAAUUCACGCCUACUGGCUCAUCAAGCCCUCGGAAACAGAAGAAGAGCGCUUCAAGCAGGUGGACCGCGCCAUCGAGCUCCACACGGAACUCAACAAGACAACCUCGCCCGACCUGCGCAUCGUGGGCAUCAAAGUCAUCACCGACGGCAUCAUCGACGCCUGCACAGCCUACCUCUCCGAGCCCUACGCUGCCGCCGGCUCCCCGCCGCCCUUCUGGAACGCCUCAGACCUCAACCCCGUGGUGGCCCGCGCCGACGCCGCCGGGCUGCAGAUCGCACUGCACGCCAUCGGCGACGCCGCGAUCAAGAUGGCCGUCGACGCGCUGGCCACACACGCAACGCCGGGCCGCCGCCACCGCAUCGAGCACAUCGAGAUGGCCUCGCCGGCGGACGCGCGCCGCCUUGGCGAGCUGGGGCUCACGGCGUCGGUGCAGCCCGUCCACGCGGACCCCGCGAUCCUCAAGGCGUGGCCGCGGCUGAUUGGCGCGCGGCGCUGCGAGCGGGCGUUCGCGUACCGCGAGUUCGCGGACCACGGGGCGCUGCUCGCACUCGGAUCCGACGGGCCCACGGCGCCCUGGGCGCCGCUGCAGAACGCGUACAUCGCGGCGACGAGGCGGUCCGCGAGGGAGCCGGGCUACGAGGUGGUGGCAAAUGAGCAUUUCAAAUUGGGCGUGUGCGAGGCCAUCACGGCCGGGGCGUAUGGGACGGCCAAGAGCGUGUUCGCGGAAGAUCGGAUUGGGAGCCUGCAGGAGGGCAAGGUCGCUGACUUUGUGGUUGCAGAUAUGGACUGGUCACCGCAGGGUCUGCUCAAGGGGGAGAUCAAGGCGACUUGGUUCGCGGGGAAGAGGGUUUGGGCGGCUCCAGACUUUGCUUGA